UUUCCACCUAACAUGACUCUAGACUAACUUUUCAAUUUUGCUAUGAGAAUAAAAGGCCAAUUUCAUAUAUCUGGCCUCAAAUACAACCCCAUCGUAAUCCCUAAACAAUAGAGAAACCAACAAUCAAGAUUAAUCAGAGGAGGAAACCAUGGACCUAAGGAAAACUCAAGUGGCCGUGCCGGUUUUCUUGGCGAUAAUGAGUCUAAUGGUGAGUCAAGUGGUCUUCGCCGAGAAAUAUUCAGGUUCAAUGUCCCCUCAUGACCGGAAAUUGGCAGAAAUGCAAGCCCUUAAAGCUUCACUAGUUCGCCGAAAUCUACCGGCUUUGGUAUCUCCUCCUCCUACCCCUCCUCAGGCAGUACCCGGUCCGCGCGUGUACCAAGUGAUAUCAUAUGGUGCCGAUCCCACAGGGAAAUUGGAUAGCACGGAUGCAAUAUUAAAAGCUAUGGAAGACGCUUUUGAUGGUCCAAAUCAUGGAGUUUUGAUGCAAGGUAUAAAUGAUCUCGGAGGAGCAAGAAUCGAUCUUCAAGGUGGAAGCUACUUAAUCAGCCGUCCUCUACGAUUUCCCUCAGCCGGCGUCGGAAAUCUCCUCAUAAGCGGAGGUACAUUAAGAGCAUCAAAUGAUUUUCCGGUCGAUAGGUACUUAAUCGAACUCAAAGACGAAUCGUCAAAGUUACAAUACAUCUUCGAAUACAUAACCCUCAGAGAUCUUCUCAUCGAUUGCAACUACCGCGGCGGAGCAAUCGCCGUCAUCAAUUCUCUCCGGACAAGCAUUGACAACUGUUACAUCACACGAUUCGGAGACACGAACGGGAUUCUUGUCAAAAGCGGACACGAGACUUAUAUCCGAAACUCGUUUCUUGGUCAACACAUAACCGCCGGUGGAGACAGAGGAGAAAGAAACUUUUCCGGCACCGCCGUGAAUUUGAUGGGAAACGAUAACGCCGUUACUGACACCGUUAUAUUCUCCGCUAGGGUCGGAGUAAUGAUAUCGGGACAAGCAAACUUAUUAUCAGGUGUGCAUUGUUAUAACAAAGCAACCGGUUUUGGAGGAACCGGGAUUUAUUUGAGAUUACCCGGUUUAACUCAGAACCGGAUUGUGAAUUCGUAUUUGGAUUAUACCGGUAUCGUCGCGGAAGAUCCGGUUCAGCUACAGAUUUCAGGGACGUUUUUUUUGGGAGAUGCGUUUAUUUUGUUGAAAUCGAUAGCCGGAGUGGUUCGUGGGGUUAAUAUUGUUGACAAUAUGUUUUCCGGGUCGGGUCAUGGGGUCCAGAUUGUGCAAUUGGAUCAGAGGAACACGGCGUUUGAAGACGUGGACCAGGUGGUUGUUGACCGGAACAGUGUGAACGGAAUGGGAGAGAGAUCGACGGUGGCUAGAGGAUCGGUAGAUGGAAACGGUACAUCUUGGACCGUUGAUUUUAACCCGGUUUUGUUGUUCCCGGAUUUAAUCAAGCACGUGCAGUACACACUCGUGGCGCGUGAAGCUGGUGCGUUUCCUCUACACGCGGUAAGGAACGUUUCUGGUAAUCGAGUGGUCGUUGAGACAAACGCUCCUGUUACUGCAACAGUUUAUGUAACAGUGAAUCAAGGAGUUUAAUGUCGUGUUUUUGCCGUAAUAAUGGUUUAAUACUUAUAAAAUGAUUUAUACUUG